GUCCAGUCAAUGGAAACUUUCUGUUGGCAUCUCAUUUUUGUGUUACGAUAACAAUGUCAUUGUCACACAAACACUCACAAACGCACCUGAAAAGCGGCAAAAACCUUGGUGACAGCCAAGCCCCAAGCUUCAAAAGAGAAGGGCGACGAGAAGUGAUGAUGAGAGCCUGACACCAAAUUUCACAGUUUCCUGACCGACCAGAGCUCUCAGCUGGUCUCUUUGGAUGCUAGCAAACUUUGACCACACAGAUUCUUGAAUCAUAAUCCAAGCACGCAAAAGGAAACAAACCCGCCACAGCAAUCCAGCUUCCUUCUAAUCACACUCCGCAAUGGCCGUCUCCAACUCAAUUGCGAGAUAUAACCUUCAGCAUGCAGCGCACCUAGCCAAUAUUGGAGCCCACUAUUACGCCACAAGGAACUAUCAAUCGUCCUAUGGUGCCUACACAAGGGCUCUCGAAGUACUACAGCGUAUUGCUCACGACGACAGCGUGAACUUUGAACCUGAGAAUGACAGAGACGACGCUGAAGCGAGAAUACCUGUUGCAUAUCCCUUUGGCUUGAUGGAUGAAGAGGACGAGGACGACGAACGGACGAAGAAGAUCAAGGCCGAAGAUGAGGACAAGUCGUUUUUCUUUGUGUUUGCGAAGCCCUUUGUGGUUGACGUCGAGACAUUGGAUAUGUCCAACACCCCUAUCUACAUUGCGGUUGUCAUUUUUGGCAUGUCCCUGCUCUUGAUGCGCAAAGCCCAAACAGAGCCUGACAAAAGGUCUCUGCACAAGGCACUCAAGCUCUUCGAAAUGGCUGCGACUCUACUACAAAGCGCUCCAGAUCAUGGAAUCUAUUCGAACGUUCAACUCGCUAUACUGAACAACAAGACAUACAUUUGCUAUUGCCUACACCUAUUCGAAGACGCUCAUGGAGCGUUGGAGGAGAUUUCCGAGCUCCUCCCUAAUGUCUGCAAUGACGAUGUCGCCGCGGAUACUUUCGACGAGGACGAGUUGAACAACAUGGUCCUCAACAGCCUCCUUACGUCCGACCCUACCCGCUUGGCCCCUGCUGCCUAAGUGUGCGUACGUAUGUUUCCAGUCAGGUCUGAUAUCCUCUUUUCUUGUCUUCAUACUGCUUUUGCUGUACAUGUAUCCAAAGUCUGCAUGUUGCAUGUACAUAGUUUAAUACUGCAUUAUUUAAUAUAUACAACCUCCCUGGCAGGAGCCUCUUCGUGCCUCUUUGCCGUUUGACAAGAUCU